GCGAUAGAGCCUCGCCCAAGCUCUGCCAACUGCAGGACGACGACAAUCCACCAGCUUGAUUGCCGUUCUCCUUGAUGCCGCUCCCUAACCCGACGCUGGAACUACUCCGUGACCAGCGUCUCCUGCUCAUCUCAUUUCUUUUGACCUUCCCUCCCCUCCUUUAACCCCCCCGCUCCUGCUGCGUCGUGAGAUCACACUCGCAUCGCGCCAGACGCGGCCGACACGCCGACCACGUCCAUCAGCUUGCGGACCUUUGCGCUAGACAAAGCGUCGCCUUCCGCCCUCAGCCGGGCGUGCCGCUUGGCUUCUUUCACCACCAGCCUGUUCAGAUUGACUCCCGUCUGUCACAGUCUGCUAGCGUCAAUGGUACAGCAAAAGCAGGUGCCGACUUGAAGAUGGGUCCGAAGCGCAAGAGAGUUAACGACUCGGGCAGCGGCCGGCCUUCGCCUCAUCGUCCUGACAACGCUCCUCUCGGCCAACACGACAGAAAUCGACCUGGUGCUGGUGGCAGGUCGACGCGCCGUAACGAGCGUCGCGACUCCUUUCAGAACACUGCCUCUUCAGGCGCGCCGGCCGCUGGCUCACCUCUGAACUCUCCUACCAUGCCGCGACCUUCCAGCGCCUCCUCCCAGCCUCCCGUCACGCCACUUAGCACGAAAAUGCCGUCCAACUUGCCCUCACCAACGCUGCCUCCCCCGGUGCAGUCAGGGUUUCACUACGAGAUCGUAACGGAUGCGCGGCUGAGCAGUUGGUCUCAGAACGGCCGCCAAGACGUGAUAGACCAUGGCAUACAAUCGCGGAACGACGAGGACGUCCAGGAGCUGUCAACAAUAUUUCAGGAGCUGGUGCAAUCUUGUCUGGACUUCCGCCUGAGAUCAGCCGAAGCCGGCGAGAUCGUGAAGCAGAUCAUCGGCACUCGACCUGAAGACGCAGACACCAACCCUCGCACAUUCGACACUCACACUUUACUACUUGAUACUCUCGCCAUCUACGUAGACGUCGGUUCCGGCUCCUACAAUGCGAAUCUACGUGAAUUCCUUGUCGCCUCGGGUGUUGAUCCGGCUCUGAUGCGCACUGUCCUAGAGCCCGCUCUGCUGGAGCAGCUGGGACUAAUUCGCGAGACAUUCACCAAGAUGGGGAUUCGACAAGCCACCAACAUCCUCUACAAACAGGCCAACUACAACCUGCUACGAGAGGAAACUGAAGGAUAUGCCAAGCUUGCUACGGAGCUCUUCACAACCUCCAACACAGAGCCACCGACAUCAGAAGCUAUCCAGAACUCCUUCGAAAGGGUAAAAGGUCUUAUUGGAACUUUUGACCUGGACGUUGGACGUGUCCUCGACGUGACGCUCGAUGUCUUUGCCUCUGUCCUCAUAAAGCAGAACCGCUUCUUCGUCAAGUUUCUUCGAAUCAGCUCAUGGUGGCCCCGCAGCCACAUCAAGUCUGCCGAUGCUCUGGGAGGACUCCCCAAAUGGGCUCUACCAGACUCAGCACAUUGGACAACCAGCGCGGAGGAACAAGUUGUCCUCGCGGAGCAGCGACGUCAGCGCGACAUCCGGUUCUGGGAUCGGGCUCGUGAAGCGCAUAUUGAUGCCUUUUUUGAGCUCGGUGGGCGGCAAGUUGAAGAAGCCGAGCUCAAGCGUCUGCAGGCUGUUCUGGAUGCCAGUCCAGAGUCUGAAGAUGCUAUAUCUCUUCUCGACCCAACAGCCCAGUGGAUGGUGACUACCAAAACCUUCCCACCGCAGGGCAACAGAGUCGCGGCACAGCUCCUAGGGUUCAAGUUGAGGUUUUAUGAGUCCAAGACUGCAGGCGAGGAGGUCGUCCCUGCGAAUCUCUUCUUCAUGACAGCUCUGCUCAUAAAAAUAGGCUUCAUUUCACUGGCUGACCUGUGGCCGCAUCUUGCUCCGUCUGACGAUGAAAUGAACACAUCGGUCAGGGAAACGAGAUUGAGGAUUCUUGAGGAGGAGGAGAGGGCAAAGACUGGAAGAGGCCGCGGUGCUCUCGCUAUGGCCGGAGAACUGCCUUCUGACGAGACCCCGGCCCCGAGACCGACCAAAGUCGUCCCAGAGGCCAAGGCCAAACCCACCGCCGAGACGCCGAAGCAAGGCAAGCCUGAAAAAUACUAUCAAAAGUUUCAGUUGGUCACUGAGCUUCUCACCCUCGGAGCACUCCCGGAUGCCCUAUUUGUCUUGACACGCUUCCCGUGGCUGACGGAAGCCUUUCCGGAUCUCCACAAGCUUAUUAAUCGCCUAAUCUCGUACUCGGUACAGAAAGUCUUCGAGGAGACCAGGACUUCAUCGAGCGAGGUCGGCAAUGAUUUGGAGAUUCCGAUGAAGAGGAUGCCAGAUGUGGACCAGGGAGGGGUCUCGAAGGGCUCCGUACGGCUCACACAGUCUACCCCCAAGCGCCCACUUCGCUGGCCACACCCAGCCGGCGAGAAGGAUAACACACUGUACCGAUGUUAUUGGGAUGACUGGGCCGACAACAUUCCAGUCUGCCAAACGAUCGAAGAUGUCGUAACGCUAUGCGAUACGCUCAUGAACUUCUCGGGGGUGAACAUCGGCAAGGAUGCAGCGUUAUUGUCAAAGAUCGCCGCCAUUGGAGCUUCCAGCCUGGCCAAAGACCAGUCUUCAGAGAACAUGGGGCGCUGGCAAGAUCUACUGAAGCGAUUACUGGUCCCCGCUCUGAGCAUGACUGAGGCCAACUCGUUCGCGGUCCAGGCUGUCUGGGAUCUUCUAAAGCUCUACCCAAUCACCACCCGAUAUAACAUCUAUGCGGAAUGGUUUCAGGGCCAAACUUCACGCAAUUCGUCGAUAAAGUCGGCAUUCGCAAGAACCAGAUCUGAGACCAACGGAAUUCUUAAGCGACUCUCACUGGAGAACCUGUCCACAAUGGCCAAGAAAUUGGCCAAGACUGCAUACGCAUCUCCAGGCAUCGUAUUCAAGACUGCCUUUGACCAGAUUGAAGCAUAUCCGAACUUGAUUGAGGCCUUCGUCGAGUGCGCUCGAUAUCUUACGGACCUGGGUUACGAUGUCCUGACCUGGUCGUUGAUGAGCGCCCUGGGCGGCAAAGCCCGAAGCCGAACUCAGGAAACAUCAGUCUUACUCACAAGCAAAUGGCUCCAAGCUCUCUCAAAAUUCUCCGGGAAAGUCUUCAAGCGAUACCAGCACAUGAAACCUUUACCUGUCCUGCAAUACGUCAACAACCAAUUGUCCAAGGGCAACUCGACCGACCUUGUCAUCCUCCGAGAGCUCAUCUCAACAAUGGCCGGCGUGGUCCCUGAUGUUGACUUCACUGACGUGCAAAUGCGAGCAAUGACGGGUGGUGAAGUGCUCCGGCGACAGACACUGAUUAGUCUGGGAGACCGCAGAGACGUAUCCGUACAUGGCGCGGAACGACUCACGCAGUCUCUAAUGGAUUCCAACCUCGCGGGGAGACUUCUGGUAAAUCUGGCCCAGUACCGCCAAUCGGCUCUCUACAAACUGCCCGAGGAUGAAUCGCACGUCAAGUACUUGGCCACAAUCAUGGACGAAGUACACCAGGCCCUGGUACAGUAUCUCGAUUUCUUGCGCAGCAACUUGACACCCGACCUCUUCGACGCCAAUAUUCCGAGCAUCAUCGACUUGAUGGUCGGCUACGGCUUGGAUGUGGACCUAGCAUUCAUGGUCGGCAGAGCUAGCCUGGCAAACCGCAUGGCAAAUAGCAAGAUCCCCAGUCAGCCUCUACCCAAGGACGACCGUGGCGACAACCCAAAUACCCAAGAGAGUGCUGAUGCAGAUGGUGAUUUGACAAUGAAUGGAGACGUUGUCGAACCAGUGGCUGUCAAGGACAACCCCGGGAGGGAAGAAAAACAGGAGACCGAGGACAAGAUGGCGCUCGACGAGAACGCGUCCAGCGCACCGUCGCCGCCUACCGCGGCUGACACGCGAAAGUCGGACCCAAUCGCUGAUGUUCUUCAGCCGCUUGUCAACACUAUCCAAGAUAUCCGGCCUCCAGAGACCUGGCAACAUCUAAGCCCGGAAUUCUACGUCAUUUUCUGGUCGCUGUCACUGGGUGACUUGCACGUUCCGCAGUCAAACUACGAGGCUGAACACGAAAGGCUCAACAAAGAAGCAGAGGACGUGAUGAAAGACCGCUCUGAUUUGACCCGACAGGGAAUGAACAAGAAAGCGGAGAAGAAGAAGUCACUUUUGGGACUUGCCAAGUCGAUCCGCGAAGAGAUGACAGUGCAUAUCGAGCGGUACCACAAGACGAAGCUCCGGCUGGCGAGACAGUCUAAAUCGUGGUUCUCUGGAACCAUUGCAGAAGCGACCUUAACGUCGGAUGCCUUGCUGGAACAUUGCAUACUGCCCCGCCUCCUCGUUUCGUCUUUGGACACGGAAUAUUGCUUCAGGAUGCUCAAGUUCCUUCACGAGAACCAGACACCGAACUUCAAGCUGUCCGCUUUCUACGAGCGAUUCUUCAACGCCAACAGACUUCGAGCAAUGAUAUUCUCUUGCACGGUUCGUGAAGCAGAGCAUUUGGGACGCUUCAUCAAAUGCAUCCUGGAGGAUCUUGCGAGGUGGCACGCGGAUAAGACCACCUAUGAGAAGGAGGCAUUUGGGAAGACGAAACGAAACCUCCUUGGGUUCGCGACAGCAGUUGAUGACGAGGGCAACCCGACGAGCUUCAUUGAGCACCCGUUCUUCCGGGAUUCUCACUAUGAGUGGCAUAAGAAUCUCAACGUAGCGCUGAAAGCCUGCCUGCAAGGCACGAAGGAGUGGAUGCACAUCAGGAACGCCUUCACAGUCCUCAAGGCGGUUUCAAACUUCUUCCCAGCAGUCAACUUCAUGGGAACACAGCUCUUGAAGUUACUUGACGAGAUCAAGACACGCGAAGAAGUCACGAAAGGCUCGUCAGAAGAGGGUCACCGCGUGGAUCUUGCCGUUACCGCCCUGACCGUCUACUCUAUGCUCAAGAAGCGAGAAUCCAAAUGGGUUGCCGUCCCAGCCUUCCGCCCAAACAUGUCCGGAAUGCCGCAGGACGGGCCGAAGGAUGUCGACAUGGCUGGCCAAAACGCGAAGUCCGAUCUGCGUCCCACGGCUGCGGAAUUCAAGCCCCAACAACCUGCCAAGUCAGUGCUCCCGAUAAACACCUCGCAGUCAGUCAACAGGGAAUCACUGACAAAGACCAGCACAACAUCUGCCCCGCCUGCAGACGACGAGGAUGGCGAAGUCAAGGACGGAAAAGACAGCAAAGUCUCAGCUGCCCCUUCAGACAUCCAUGCAAGACCUGAGCGCCCUGCUGCAGGUCAAGAUCGAGAGUCGCUCAGGGAACCUACCUUCAAGGAGAGGGCCUCAGCACCAGGUAGCCGGCCAGGCACGCCGAAGUCAAACAUUGUCGUGCCUUCCCCUACGCCUCUUCCCGCCUCUAGUGGACGCAGUGAGAGUUCUCGAACAGCAUCCACGGCCCCGAGAGGCGAUAGGGUUCCUCAUGGUCUGCCUAGCCGCCCAGAGGUUCCGAUUCCACCUCACUAUCGACCAGAGCUCUUCCCGCAAGGGCAUGGGCAGGAACGUCGCGACCCGCCACGAGACGGCCGAGAAACUCGUGAUCCAAAGGAGCCACCACGUGAGACGAGAGAUCCAAGAGAGAGAUUUCGAGAACAACUGCGGGACCAGAGGGAUCAUUCUCGCGACGGUAGGGACUCAAGAGAGCACCGUCAGCCAGAGAGCAGCCGUACGGAUAGGCGAGACCAAGAAUCAGAACGCCGAACAAAUGAGCGGAUGUCUCGUGAUCCAGGUCGGCUCUCCGAACGUGACUGGUCCAGCAGGCCCGACCCUUCCCCGCGCCGUGGGGAGCCGACUAGAGGAGAGUCCUCCAGGGGUGAGGCGGUGCGUGGUGAACCUAUGGCAAUUGACCGAGAGUCUCGCACGUCCAGAGAUCGCGCCCCUACGUCGUCCAGUCGCGACAGUCGAGGUCCUCGGGAGCAUGUUGCGGCAAGUCAGCCGCCUCACUCAGCCGCUGACCAGACACCUCCAGCUGAGCCACCUAUCAAUCCCGAGAGAGCAGCUCUCCUUCAAAACGAAGAUCGCACCGAGAUGAUCAACCCCCAGCGUGCUGCUUUGCUGCAGACGCAGCAGCCUCACUCUUCGACCCGUUCACCUAGGGAUAGUGGGCGAGACCGGGCCUCGUCCCGCACGCAGUCACCUAGAAGGGAUGAUAGGUUCAAUACGGCCAACACGUCUGACAGUCACGCUCGUGAGGAUCGACACUCUCGUCGUAACGGACAUCUGGGAGACUCAUCUCAACUCCCAGCGAGAGAUAUCGAGCAGCCGAGGGACCAGGAUCGUCAGCCUAAUGAGCGCAGCCGUGAUGCCUCAUUCCAUGGCCCACCUCGACCACAUGAAUCGGAUCGUGGCCGACAGGCCCAGCAGGACCCUAAUUAUGGCCGUCUGAACCCAAUUCCUACGGUGACAGAAGCGCCGCAGGGACCCCGUGGACGCGGUGCGAGAAAUUCAACCAGGAUAUCAUCCAUGCCGUCAGGGCCCCGAUCUGAUGGACGAAUGCCGCCACCAGAUACGAAUCGGGCACCGUCACCGGAUCGGCAACCACCGACUGGCCCGUCGUCCUCGCGGCCACGCAGAGGGCCUUCGAAUCAAUUCGAUCACGCGGCAAAUUCCUCGACGGGCCCACCCUCUUUGCCGGCCGGUGGUCUGCAUUCCGACCGCGCUCAUCAAUUCGAACAGCCAAUGCAUCCGGAUCGCAUGAGGCACAUAGUCCCUCCCCCACCUCCGCCGCCGCCAAGGGAACCCUCCCACUCACGUCCACAGGUGCCCCCUAUCCAUACCAGCGACCGAGCUGCCACACCCACGGGGCCAUCGGCGUCACGCCAAGGGCAGAGUAGCCACCCGAGCACCCCUAUAGCGGAACAAAACGCACCACACUCUGCUCCUACAGGGCCGUCCGCGAACAAGGACCGACAGCGAGACAGCAUUCGGAGACAACUUGGGAAGCUUCAAGACAGUAUCACCCCGGGGAGCAAGCGGGAUGGUGACCAUCGCCGGCCCAGGCAGAGCAUGCCAGACUCUGACGCUCAGAUACUUACCGGCGCAUCACCAGUCUCGACUCCGGUCCAAGAGCGGCCAGACCCGAUACGCCGGAACGUGACACAGGAUCGACCUGCCCUUGGAUCCGACGGCAGUGGCCUGCCACUUCGUGAUUCGAGAAGCGAUGCGCACGAAGAGUUCCCUGGAAGCAGAGGUGAGCAUGAGCGGAGUGGACGCAGGGAACAUCGUGAACGGCCCGAUCGGCCGAGCCGUCACUCUGGACGGGAACGGAGCCCCCGCGGAGAUCGAGACACGAAAGACCCACGUGGAAAUGACCAGGCCGAGCGGCACGACCGGCGCUCUGGGGUCCCAGCAGGGAUCGAUAGCAAUCGCAUCCGCGACCCAAACCAUGAACCGAUUCAACCUCGACGGCCUGGGCGAGAACCCACCUCAACAAGUAGCAAUCGUGACCCUCUGCCUGGUAUUGGUAGAGAACCGUCAGGUUCUGGUCGCGAACCACGACAUCGGGGAGAUAGUAGAGGUGACACCGGCAGAGGUGAUGGUGGCAGUGGAGGAAGACCGGGAGAUGAAUGGGGUGGCAGCGGUAGAGGCGGGUCGAUGCGCGGUGGACCCAGGGACGGACCAAGACAGCUUGGUGAUGAUCGACGAGACCCAAGAGGUGACGAGCGAAGCUCAGGCAGGAAGCGGAGGAGUGAUAUUUCAGAAAUGCCGCCGAACGACAGAGAUAAGCGACCCCGACGUUAGGAGCGUCCUCUACACGAUCCACCUUUGGAGAAGUGAAGAGACCUGGGCGACUGCGAGAACAAGACGGGACCGUGUGUACGGGAGACGACAAUGGGUUACUUGCGAUUCAACGAUCGAGCCGCUUGGUUGAGGAGACAACAAGAUUGACACAGAAGAAGAACGCGGUGGGCGGAUAAUCAGCAUCAUCAUACCAAACUUACUUGUUUCCGCACAUUGCUCGGCAAAACUGCUGUACUAUCAAAUGAUCGAAUUCGCUGCGGACAAGCGUCAAAAGGACAGACGCCCAGGCUGGAGUUCCGGGAAGAAGCAUCUUACACAAAUCUCCCCAAAAAAAGAAAGAAAAAAUGGAGUCCUCACUUUUCCUACAAAAGUCCGCAACACACCAAAGCAGAGGCGUCCCUUGGUCGAAGCUUGUGCCCCAAGCUGAGCACGCAACAUGCAAAAGCCCAUGAUAUCACAUUGCCGACCUGUACAGCAUGGUCAGGCCACGCCAAGAUUUCCAAUACUGCGGAACCGUAACAGCAUCGUAAAGCUGCCAUUUGCACCGAAGAUUCCAUCCAUACACAUUGUUUCCGGACCGCAAGGUCUCAUGACAUGGAGCGUAUUUUCAGAAAAGCAAGGCGUUCUUGGACGAUCAAUUUUGCAUUUCGAGUUUGCUUUUCUCGAUGGAGCAUGAGCCAGGCGAUUAUACCCAAAUUUCACUUUGUAAGAUAGAACGACGGUCUCACCACCACCAAAGAGAAAGAAGCAAUGCUCUGUCUGCCAGUCUGCUUGACGCUUGUGACAAUGUACAUGGGGCGGAAUGAACUUCUGUCAGGCGCGCGAUACAAAGUGUGAAACCACCGUGACUCGGCGUCGUCCCUUAUGACCAGCUUUUCUCAGCAAAAUUGGUGCGACGGGAUUUCCUCUCCAAUGGCAUUGACUUUCAAGGCUUGACCGGGGCCCGAAAUCGCAGGGCGAGGUCCUCCCAUUCUGGUAUCGUUGUAUGAGCAAACAUCGCCCCAACAUCGAUCUACGGUAUCUUACAGUGCGGACUCCAUAGACAGGCCCACAGACUCAGGCCGUCUCGUCAAACUCCUCAGACCAGUCAACAUCUAACAAAGACUCCCCCUUGCCCUCCAUGAUGGCCUCGAGCUUAUCCUCGUUGGUGACCCAGCCGUGCCUCUUGGUCGCGAUGGCGUACCUAAUGGGCUGCGCCCACACUGGCCCUCGCUCUGGGCGACACAGCGCCGCGGAUCGGCCUUGUCGUGGGCCGCCAAGGGCUUGGUCCUGCCCAUGAGCGCCGUCUCGCCGGAGCCCACGCAGCUACUGUAUGCUCUUGGAGUCUGCCGAUCCUCGG